AUAUAUAUAUAUAUAUACAUAUAUCUCACACACACACACACGUCUCACGUCCAUAUCAUGAAUGACACAAAAUAAGGUAUGAGCCACAACUCUGACGUGUAAAAUGACAUUUGGUGAGAACUUGAAUGAGUUGGAUGGAUCCCGUUGCGAUUUACCUCAUGUGGAAUUUUGUUUUUCCAUCGCUUACAAGUGCAUAUCUAGGCUUUUACUAACACAGCAUUGAUAGCCACUAUGUGAUGACGUCUAUGUGAUCCACUCUUGAGAUUCAUGUGGCAGCCUGAGGCAUUAUGGGUCAUGUAAAAUGAUCGGUAGUCACGUAAUACUAGCAUAAUGUUUUUACACUUCGGUUACUUUUAGGAAAAUUAUUGUAUCGGCUCACUUUGCUAAACUUCCCCCGUCUUUAAUGAAAACUUUCUCAAACUAUAGUCAAUGCAAAUUCUGUAAACUGUAUGUAGGAAGAUUGGAACACACUGAAAUCCAGCUGUGUUAGCUGGCACAUUGAUUUUGGGCUGUUCAUUUUUACUUUUAUCAAAUCCCAUUUUACGUGAUUAAUCCUGAGUGUGCAUUGCUUGAGUGCAAAGUUAGUACAUGUUUUUAAGUUUUUGUGUUCGGGCUGCGUCUGUGCAUCUUUUCCCUUUAGUCAAAACAUCAGUGGUUGUAUUGCUGCCCACAUAUAGAAUAUAUGGAGCUGUGUAGCUUUUACGUCCUGCCACCGUUCACAUUUGUAUCUAUGGCAGCGAUAUAUAUGUACAGUAGUCAUCUCUAGAGGACUGUUCAGAGUUUUUAAAUGAUAGAAAAAGGUUGUUGAGAAUCAUGAAGAGUACUGUUUUUUUUUCUCCCAAAUGCUUGAAUCUAAGAGGAGCCGGUGGAUGGAGCGGCUGAACUCCCGAGGACCCUCCUGCCUGUGUCCAAAGUGCCUUUUGGACAUGUCUGCUCGGACACACACAUUAUAAAACCUGUGUUGCUUACAGAGACCGCCUGCCCACCCGGCACCUCAGCAGACUGAAAGGAGGGCUAAAAUCUAUCAAUGGAUUAACUUGCUGUGCACAUCAUGAGUGAAGUGGAAGACAGUUGUUCACUACCUGACCAAACCCAGAGUUAUGGAGGCGUGCCAUAGACGCAGGCUGGUCUUUUUUUUGUUUGUUUGUUUGUUUAAGUCCAUUUUGUGUUUUAUUUUGUUUCUGUUUUUCGUGUCCAAUCAUUGCACUGUUGUAGCUGUAAUUUCCCCCAGAAAGCUAAAACAUUGUUCUCACAUUUGUCUCAGUUUAUUCGAUGGUGACGGAGCGACGCACCUUCUGUUUAAAGUGAAACAGUAGAUUUUGUAAGAUAGGGAAUAUUAUGUUUGAUUUCCUGCCCUGCUGUAUGUCUCGUUGCAUGCUGUGUUUGUAUCAGUUUUUCAUUUUUGUUUUUUUUUUUGUUUUUUUUUAACUGUCAUUAUUCGUUGGAUCAUUAGACCUGGGGAAGUUAAGACAGACAGGUGUUUGUAUUGUGCAUACUCUGACACAGCCAUCUGUCACCGCACAGGAGGAGGGACUUUGACCUUUGGGCUUAUGUUGGAGUAUUGGGACCUUGUUACUGCCUCCAUUGUACCACUUCCUGCCAGUUUAUAGCUUCAUUGUUUGAUGAUGAUGUUUAAUUUUUUGGGCCCCAGCGGAAGCACUUACUGUAUGUGUCUAAUGCAUUAUUGCUGCUGCUAUCAGCAUGUCUGGGCUGUCUCCCCAGGUUGUCAUGUUAAUAAAUAUUAGUUUUACUAAACCCUCAACAGGAACUUUUGGCAUAUCAUUAAACAAUCUCUCAAACAGGAGGACCGUAGGAACAGGUUUCCCUCUGCAUUGUUCUGUCCUCUGUGAGUUGGAUUGAGAAGCAGCCGCCUGCUUUCUGUCUAAUUAAAUUUGCCGUCUACUGAACCCACUCGCGCCCUUCCUUUUUUGCCCCCCUCCCUCUGAGGAGAUUAGUACUGUGUAAUUUGUCAAAUGUGAUAAGGUAGUGGUCGGUGCAAUUAAGAAAGCAUGGCAUAAGCUGGGAUUUGUUGUGUAUAUUAGGUCUGUGGUGAACACAGAGCUGUUACUGCUCUUUUACAGAAUGGGACAAGCUGCUACCUUGCCUUGUAGGAGACGGGAGUCUUACGUGACAGAGCUGUAUGAAUGGUUCAGAAAGUUUAUUAAUGAAUGUCCAAGUGGUCUGAUCACGCUGCAUGAGUUUCAAAGGCAUUUCUGCAAUGGGACGGUGGGCAGUGAGUCGGCCGAGUAUGCAGAACAGAUAUUCCGCACAUUGGACAGUAACGGGGACGGGGUGGUUGAUUUCAGGGAAUACGUCAUGGCCAUCAGCAUGCUUAUCGAUGGUUCCGCUGUGGAGAAGCUGCAGUGGUCAUUUAGGCUGUACGACAAAGACAGUGACGGAGCCAUUACAAGGGAGGAAAUGCUGGAGAUCAUGCAGGCUGUUUAUAAGAUGAGUGUAGCAGCUGCUCUGACCAAAGCCAACUCACUCACAGCUGAAGAAUGUACCAACAGGAUAUUUGUGCGAUUAGAUAAAGACAAUAACGCCAUCAUCAGUCUGGAGGAGUUCAUAGAGGGAGCGCUGGAUGAUGAUUGGAUCAGAGAGAUGCUGGAAUGUGACCCCAGCACUGUGAACGUGAAGAGGCCCCUGAGGAGGGACACCGUUUUGGGGACCCAUGGUUGACCCGAAGUGGGGUAUUCUACUCAGUGGGAGCAGGGAAAUCAACUGGUCGAUGUUCUGCCAGUGCUGCUUUCAGUGCCGCUUAGUUAUGUUCUGUUGUUGGUGUUUUCUUUGCCGUGUCAUUCAAUGUUGUUUUGAUUGUUCCUGUUCAUCUGAUUACGAUUGCAUCUCUCUAUUUUGCUUUGAGUGUGAAAUCAACAAGAUGCCAACAUAUUGCCUGUAAAUUGCAUCUUUUAAUCCACUUUAAUUCAGAUGGAAACACUGCACUUUUUACACCACUACAUUUAUCUGAAUGUUUUGGUAAUUAGUGUGCAGAAGUUUUUUUUUAGCAUUCACAUUAUUAUUAUUAUUAUUAUUAUUAUUAUUAUUAUUAUUAUUAUUAUUAUUAUUUAAAAAUAAAAUAAACUACAAAGUAACAGUAACUUGUUAAACUAGCCCCGCCAUAUUGUUGUUGAUAUUUAUGUGCUUUUAUCGAAUUGAAAAUGUGAAUUAAAGACACACCAUUUAAUUUGGGGGAAGACAUUUUAGCAGAGGUGAGAGAUCUUCAUUGAUCUAUUUUUUUUUUUUAUAAACAAACUAUAUAAACAAACUUUCUUCAUUUUCAUGACUGUAUGAACUGAAUUAACAAACUGACAUUAAAGAACAUCACA